GUAGUGUAGACAAAGCACAUCCAAAAGCUACUGUUGUAUCAAAAAGUCUCUCUCUCUCACUCUCUCUCGCUCUGUCUCUCUCUGCCCAUGUGAUGCUGCUGCCAUGGCAACAUGCUGAAUCAUUAUUUACGGUGUACUGCAUCGGACACGACUCCUCCUGAUGUAAUCCACUCAAGCAUCUAAGCCAGCCUCGCCGUCAUCCCCGUCCCGCACGCACGCAUAUCGAUCGAUGCACCCAUAUUGGAUGACGGGGAGACACUGACACCGAGGCGGCAUCGUGAGACGACGUGUUUCUACCGAGCCAGGUUGUCAAGCGAAAACACGACCAACGAGGACGCGGAUGCUGUGGUAAGGCAGCCGUCUGGAUGGGCAACGUACCCACGACAGUGAAACACUGUCUGAGCCACGAGCAACUCGCUCGGGACUACCCGUGGCUGAAGCGGUGGCUCGUUGAAGAGAAGAGUCUUGGAGCGCACGAGUACCCAGAGUUUGUUAAAAUCGUUGAGGUCGGGCCAAGAGAUGGGCUUCAAAAUGAAAAGGAGAUUGUUCCGACGGAGGUCAAAGUCCAGCUGAUAGACAGGCUCUCAGACACGGGGCUGUCUGUAAUCGAGGCCACCAGCUUUGUGUCUUCAAAGUGGGUACCCCAGAUGGCCGACCACACUGAAGUUCUGCAAGGAAUCAGAAAGUCGCCGAACGUUCGCUAUCCCGUUUUGACGCCCAACAUGCACGGCUUCCAAAACGCGCUUGCGGCGGGUGCUACCGAAGUAGCGGUGUUCGGGUCGGCCUCAGAGACGUUCAGUAGGAAAAACAUCAACUGCUCCAUUGAUGAGAGCAUGCUGAGGUUUGAGGAAGUCCUCAACGCCGCCAAAGACCAGCAAAUCCCAGUGCGCGGAUAUGUUUCCUGUGCCCUCGGAUGCCCUCAUGAGGGACCAAUCGACCCUUCUAAAGUUACAGAGGUGGCGAAGAGGCUGUACGAGAUGGGCUGCUACGAGGUCUCCCUGGGGGACACCGUCGGGGUGGGGACCCCGGGCUCCAUGGCCGCGAUCUCCGCAGUGACCCGGGAGGUGCCCUGCCGCGCCCUGGCCGUCCACUGCCACGACACCUACGGCCAGGCGCUCGCCAACAUCCUCACCGCUCUGCAGAUGGGGGUUUGUGUGGUGGACUCGGCAGUAGCAGGCCUGGGGGGAUGCCCAUACGCCCAGGGUUCGUCUGGCAACGUGUCAACGGAGGACGUGCUCUACAUGCUCCACGGCAUGGGCAUUCAGACGGGAGUGGACCUCUCCAAAGUGAUCACAGUGGGGGACUUCAUCUGUCACUCGCUCAACCGCAAGACAAACUCCAGGGUCGCGCAAGCACGAGGAUCGCAGCUGUGAAUCAAAGCCCGGGAGACGCA